CCCGGCAGUUCCGCUGCUGGUGAGUACUGGGCUGGUGACUCCUGGUGCUGCCAGCUCGGCACCUGCAGCGCCCGCGACCCCGGCCCCGACGCCAACUGCGGCUCGGCCACAGCCAGAACAUGGACUCCGCGGGCCAAGAUAUCAACCUGAAUUCUCCUAACAAAGGUGUGCUGUCUGACUUCAUGACUGACGUCCCUGUAGAUCCAGGUAUGGCUGCCCGGACUCCUGCUGUGGAGGGCCUGACAGAAGUGGAGGAGGAGGAGCUCCGGGCUGAACUUGCUAAGGUGGAAGAAGAAAUUGUCACUCUGCGCCAGGUCCUGGCAGCCAAGGAGAGGCACUGUGGAGAACUAAAAAGGAGGCUUGGCCUCUCUACCUUAGGGGGGCUGAAGCAAAACCUGUCUAGAAGCUGGCAUGAUGUGCAGGUCUCUAAUGCCUAUGUGAAAACUUCUGAGAAACUUGGAGAGUGGAAUGAGAAAGUGACCCAGUCUGACCUCUAUAAGAAGACCCAGGAAACUCUCUCACAGGCAGGACAGAAGACGUCUGCUGCCCUGUCCACCAUGGGCUCUGCUAUCAGCAGAAAGCUCGGAGAUAUGAGCAGUUACUCCAUCCGCCACUCCAUAAGUAUGCCGGUCAUGAGGAACUCUGCAACCUUCAAGUCAUUUGAGGACCGUGUGGGGACCAUAAAGUCUAAGGUUGUAGGUGGCAGAGAGAAUGGCAGCGACAGCCUCCCUUCCCCAGCAGGGAGUGGUGACCAGCCUCUGCAGGAUCACGCGCCUUUCUAAGCCUGUAGUAGCUCAUCAGCCACAGAGCACAUGCAAGCACACCCUCAUCAUCACAGCCGCCACUCUGAGCAACCCAGCAACCAGCCAGGGCCGGCCAACAGCUGGUUUUGAGGACAGUCGUGCCCAUCAUGCAGAUGUGGCUGCUGCCUUCGCAUGAGUUAGAGAACAAAGUCUUGUACAUAGAUGUUUUACACUAAAGUUCAUAGAUGAAGCUAAUCACUGUGCCAUCCUUUCCAGGGCCACAGGAAGUGGGCAGGGUGGAGGGCUGCAGGGGUAUUGAGCCAAAGCCCGUGUUCUCUUUGGAAAUCUCAUUAGCUCACUAGAACUUGGAGAGAAAGAAAAGCGUUGUGAGUAUAAAAUGAGUGGCAUUCUCUGGCCUGUCCUCCUUCUCUAUCUCAGAAGGAAUACACUCAUCUGAGAAUGCCUGGUCAAAGUUUUUAAUCUUGAGAUGCUGAUUUAGAAAACUGUUCAUUUUCUGAGACCCUAGAAAGGAAACAUUGUCAGCAGCUGCCUAAUUGUUACACUAAUGACCUGGCUUUGACAGAAGCAGAUUCACUAUUUUUUAAAUGCAAUGGACUUCUCAAAAAUUAAAAUUAGGCAAAAAAGCUUUAGCCUCAUUGUUAGAGAAUAUUAUUUCUUUGGACUCAAGCUAGAAUUCAAGCCUUAUAUCGCCUUAUGCUUUGUUUAUAAUCUUUUUAUAUAUAAAACUGAGGGUUCUUUAAUGGAUUUUGAGCACUAUGUAGAAUUUUACAUCAGGCCUGUGUUGUACCCUGCCUGUACCUGUAGUGUGUUUUAAUUUCACUAAAACCUCUCUUAUUGUGCAAAACUUGGUUCUUUCAAAGACUGGCAGCUUCCACUGGCUCCCCACCCUCGCCCACAGGGCUACUGUGCUGGUGGGGUAGGAAGGCUGUCUUCAGCACCCCAUGAACAAUAUGUGUUGCCUUGACUGGGUCUGGCCUGGCUGGCAUGGCUCUAGUUGGUGGCUCAAGCUUACCUGUUCACUGCAGGUAGAAUGAACGAGAAACAGAACCCCAAUCCCGCAGGUCAGGCUAGGGAUGGAUUAUGGGAUCAGCCAGAACUCUGCUGUCACCUAUUCUCAGGAGCUAUAAAAAUUUUGUUUCUGUUUUUAAAUUGCCCACCCUGGAAGCCUCUCUCAUUGCAUGUCGAGAGGCGUGGUCUGAAGUAGAAGAGAAGCUCUGUGCCUUAGUGGCUCUCAGCAGGGUACUAAGAUCUUGCCUGCUAUGUGCAUAUCUGUACACUCCCAGGAGGGAAGGGACUGCUUAGUUCACAGUGUCUGGUUUGAUAGAGUGUGAUGUGUCCUCUGGUGACUCGAGUGUACUUGACCACUUUGGACAUCCUUGGGGAUAUACGCACUGCACAUAUAACAAGGAUGCAGGAGCCAGGGAAGGACACCACUUGGUGUCCUUUUUCCAGGGUUGAAAAACUCAGUGGUGAGGGGCAAGAAUGCAGGUUACUGAUGUAUCUUCCUACAAUGAAUAAUGGGAAACUUGUAAAUAAAGCAUU